AUGACUCGUCGCACAAACCGAUCGAGGGAUGAAGCAGUCAGUGCAACAAGAGCAUUGAAUGAAUUUCGUCAAAAAGAUCCAUCUAAAUUCAAAAGGGAACAUGACCCAAAAAAGGCUGAUCUUUGGCUGCAAGAAAUCGAUAAGAUCUUCGAUAUCCUACACUGCCCUGACAAUGCGAAAGUAGAGUAUGCGACUUAUUUAAUGAUUGGUGAAGCUGAAUACUGGUGGCGAUGUGCAAAGAAAAUGAUGGAGACAAAUCAUAAAGAGCUGACAUGUGAGGCUUUCAAGAAUAAGUUCCUAGAAAAAUACUUCUCGAAAAGUGCUAGGGCUGAGAAGGAGGCCCAAUUUCUGAAAUUGUUCGAAAACGGGCUUAGGUAUGAGAUUAAGGAGUUAGUGGGGCCCUUGGAGAUAUGCCAAUAUCAAGUGUUAGUGGAGAAAUGCAAGAAAGUGGAGCAGAUGAAACAGAGCCUCCUGAAUAGGGGUGCUGUAAGUGGACCCAUCAUACCUCAGGGACAUAACGACCAACAUAAUAGGGGCAUGCAACAUCAGCAACACAAGCCAUAUGCCCGACCACUAGGGAAUGCUAGAGAUCAACCCCGACCUCAAAACGGGGAAGGUCAAGGGCCAAAAACCCCAAGUCAGAACCAGGCAUACCCUAAACCAGGCUAUUUUGCAAAUGAAUGCCCUGAACGGAAGGACGAUAGAGUUGUCAACAGCAACAAUAUCAAUGACUAUAUUGUACGCUCUACUGCCAAGGGACGUGUCUACCAUAUCAAUGUAGAGGAAGCUCCAUCUUCCUCUGAACUUAUCCAAGGUGAGUGUUUAAUUGCUGGAAAAUCACUUAAUGUAAUAUAUGAUUCGGGGGCAACGCACUCAUUCAUUUCAUUGGAUUGGGUGGAUUCGCUCCAACAUAUUGUUACUACUUUUGCCGUUUGA